AUGUCAUCGCAGCAAAACAGCACCAUGCGGCCGUGCCAAAGCUCUACCAGUCACUACCAUGACCACUCGAGCGACUUGCAGGUACCUAAUGUUGGGGCCGCGGAAGGGGCAUGCUCUAAUCCUCCUCCGGAAGUGUCAUUUCCUGCACGGCUUCAUUACAUGCUUAAUGAGCUCGAGAAGGAUGGUCUCUCCCACAUUGUGUCUUGGCAGCCUCAUGGAAGAUGUUUCCUCGUCCAUGACAAGAAGAAGUUUGUGGAUUUGGUGCUUCGAAAUUGGUUCCGCCAGUCCAAGUACCCAAGCUUUCAAAGGCAGCUAAAUCUCUAUGGGUUUCGGCGAGUAACGAGAGGCGCAGAUAAGAAUGGAUACUUCCAUGAGCUCUUCUUGCGGCAGCGUCCACAUUUGGCCUCCCGUAUCCAACGCGUCAAGGUCAAUGGCAAGGGAACGCGACAAGCGUCUUCUCCCGAAUCGGAGCCGAACCUGUAUGCCCUCCCGUUUCUUCCGCCAAACCCCUCUCAACGAGCCCAUGGCAAAGAAAAGUCAUUGACGACGAUUCGGUCAAGCUCUACGCCUUUGAGUCUCCAGAGCUUGUUGCCUUCUGCAUUGUCAAGUGCUCUCCCAGACCUUCCUCGUCCUCCCGCUCGCGCCUGCCGCCAGACGUCGAUUCCACAGGACAGCGUCUUUCGAAGCUGGAUGGCUGGGGGUCCGCCUGUCGUGCCUUUGUUGAUCCGCGAAACCCAAAGGGCGGCAUUUGAGGCAGCUUUGGGCCCUCGGCGGGGCAGCUUCUCUGAUAGGGCUGCGUCCUUGCGUCUUCCAGCCGCCACUACUGGGAUGGCCGCACAACGCUUGCCCGCAGCGCCUGCUUGGGCAUCUACAACGGCACCGCAAAUGGCUGACAACGUUGCAUGCACCCGACAGCCUUGGUUUCAGUGA